UUGUGUCUCAGGACACCAUCCCAAACAGUGACCUCUAUUCAAACUCUUUCCGGAGGUGCUCCCAAACCCAUUCAAAUUGUGCAGCCACUUCAGUCGAACACUACUGCCUGCAUGUCCGGUAGUGACUGUCCGAGUCCUCAGCCGAGCUGUACCGCCUCAGCGGUACUGCACACUGCAACACAGCCUUUCACACAACCGGUAAUUCAACCUUCCGUUGCCCUGAUGACGUCGCCAGUGUCAGGGUCUUUGACACCCUACCUGCCUACCACCGCUGCUGCCACAUUUACUCCAGUCACCUUCUCCAUGCUAUCGUCUCUUGCCCAGCAGCCUUCGCUGGUUGCCCGUCCCCAGACAACGCAUAUGCAGCAGAACAAUGAUUCAUGCAGGCCAAAAGCCGGAAUGAUGGCUUCCUCAUACAUCUACCAGGGUGUACCUAUGGGACAGCAAAUCGUACUGACUAAUCCGGGCACAGGUGGCAUAUUUUUGGCUCAACCCCAAAACAUGGGCAACAUCUCAUCGCCCUAUAUGAUCGCCUCAAACCAACAGCUUCAAACCACACCGCAAAUGGUGUCAAUAGCUCCCGGUCAGCUAAUGCGUGCGCCUAUGCAACUGGGUACCAUGGCGGUAGUUCUGCCUCCAGCCGGCACCCAAGCUACUGCUACCCCCACAAACUUCAUUCAGAUGUCCGACCACCGAUUCCUUCAGUCUGGGCCGCCUGCUUCUUCCUCCCCUUCUUUACCGGGCCUGACCGUCGGACCUAGCAGCGUGCAAACGGUCGUUUCGGCCACUACCACGAUUCCGACUUCAGCUGCUUCGAACACUACUGUCGUGUCAUCACACCAACCGCUGCAAUUCCCUCAGUCCACCUGCGCCGUUCUGACCGCUUCUCAGCCCACUGUAGUCUGUUCAUCUACUCCCGCCGUCCAGCAGCCAGUACUCAGUCGAUACUUCUCGCAGGUAAAAGUCCAGUUCUUGACAAGACAACGUGAAUGCGCUCUAGGUUUCGCCGAUGGCAAGUCCAUCGUGAUCGCUUUGGCGUACCUAUGA